AUGAUGCUCGCAACUCAUGCUCGCUUUGAAGUUGGCACGCAGGUGUGGGCGGAGAUUCGGCGGCCGCGUGCAGGGAGACGGCACGCUGCAGACUGGUUGAGAAGACACUGCAUCAUGUUCUUCAAGGACCUCAUCUCCCAACUACGGCAGACCCCGAAGCUGGCUGGAUGGCACUCCAAAUUGCAGCAGGCCUGCGAAGUCUUUUGGGACUCCCUCAACGCGAAUCCGCGAACAGAGCACGCGGAGCAGGAUGUGGCCACUCUCAUCAGCCUGCUAUCAGACCGGGAAAACUUCGCAGUGGCCCGCCUCGUCGUACCUGAAUUGAGAGAGAUGAAAAUCGAUCCAACUAUUCUCUACCACCGGCAGCAGCGAUGUGUGUUGGAAGCAACCAGCGAGCUGAGAACCGGCUUCGGACGAGUGGAAACCGCACGCCAAAGCGACUUUGACGACAUACUCUACGUUGCCGAGAAAGAAACCAUGCUCAACGCUGAGCUGCAACGUGCCCGCGUACUGCUUCAUCAGAGUGAUGCAUUCGGAUCCGACAACGAACAGCUCAUCCGUCACUGGCUGUCCGAACAUCCCGAACUUCGCCCAACGCACAACAAACAAAACGAAUGA